AUGCUCAAUCGAACUGAUAAGAGCUCUUAAUUUCGACGAACAAAUUAAAGUAUAGAAGGUGCAUCCAGAAAGGACAUUAUUUCAGAUUAAAAAUCUAGAAAGGAAUUAGGUGUUCCUUAAGAAGAAGAGAGGAAAAUGCUAGGAUCAAAAGACAGCGAGAAGCGAUCUCAAAUUAAGAUCGGCAGUCAUUAAUAAUCAAGGAAGACUCUCAGAGGAUAGGAUGAGGAGGAAAAGGGAACCAAGGUUAUAGGCGAAGGAAGAUUAGAUGAAUAUGGGGAAGAGGAAGAGGACAUUGUUUGCUUAAGGUUUCCUCACCUCUCGUUUUGUCCAUACAAUUACCAAUCUCAAUUAAAAGAGACUUUGUUCAUUGAAAUUUAACCUGGAAUUUAUCUUUGUGGAUUUGCUAUGGGGUUAUGGACAAAACACUUGUUAUAGAAGGCAGUUACAAAUGUUUUGAAUUUGACUUCCAUGGAAUACACAAAAAGAACUAAGUAUUUUAAAUAUCUGAACAUUGAUGUUCACAAUACUUCUGAUGAGGAUAUUAAAAAACACUUUAGGAUAAGCAAUAGAUUCAUAAGAGAAACAUUACUAUAAAAGGGGAAGGUGCUUAUUCAUUGCAGAGAUGGACUAAAUAUCGGUCCCUGUUUUAUCUUGGCUUAUUUGAUAAAUGAAAUAAAAAUGCCCUUGAAAUUAGGUAUUGAGUUGUUGCAGAACCUGAUUCCACAAUUAGACAUUGCUGUUCAUUUCUAUAAACAAUUAGAACAAUAUGAUUUGGAGAAGUUGGCUCUAUUAUAAAUAAAAACUAAGGAUUCAUGAUUUUGAAUUGAUUCACAAGCAUAGGAUAUUAUUUUAUUAUAUUUC